AUGAAUCUUUGGCUUUUAGCAAAGCCAAUUGCUGUGCUUUUGGUCACCGUAAGCAGCACCAUCUUCUUGCUGCUACUCUCCCGGCAAAAUCAAUCUCCAAGACCAGCGUCAAUGGCUCGAAGCUUUGUUCUGUGGCUUCAUGGGUUGGGUGACUCAGGCCCAGCCAACGAGCCCAUCAAGACCCUCUUCACUUCGCCUGAGUUUAGGAACACUAAAUGGUCCUUCCCAUCUGCUCCAUCAAACCCAGUGACAUGCAAUUAUGGUGCUAGGAUGCCUUCAUGGUUUGACAUUGGUGAGAUUCCUGUAACAGCUAAUUCUCCAAACAAUGAAAGUGACCUGCUCAAAGCAGUUAAGAGUGUGCAUAAGAUGAUAGACAAGGAGAUAGAUGCUGGCACAAGUCCUAGUAAUGUCUUUGUGUGUGGAUUCAGCCAAGGGGGUGCCUUGACAUUGGCAAGUGUUCUGCUAUAUCCUAAAACUCUUGGAGGAGCUGCAGUGUUUAGUGGAUGGGUUCCUUUUAGUUCAUCCAUAAUAGAACAAAUCCCACCAGAAGCAAAGAGGACACCUAUUUUGUGGUCUCAUGGUAUCGCAGACAGAACAGUAUUUCUUGAAGCUGGACAAGCAGGUCCCCCUUUCCUCGAACGAGCUGGUGUAAACUGUGAGUUUAAGGCUUAUCCUGGUCUUGGCCAUUCAAUAAGCAAUGAGGAGCUCAAGCACCUGGAAUCAUGGAUUAAAACUCGUCUACCAAGUUCUUCUUGA